AUGGACGACGGCGGCGAGGAGGUCACGUUGGCGCUCACGACAUGGUCUCUCAAGUUCCCGCUGACAGAAGAUAGCUGGAGGUGGGAGAAGGACAAGGACGCGUCGUGCUCCUCCCUGUGCAUCGCCGACCUCCUGGACAACGCGAUUCCGGUGGACGGCGGCGGCGGCAACAAGCGCAGGUUGCUGCGGCGGGUCGUGCGCUGGCCCGUCGUUAGCAGGGCGCGACCUGGCGUGGCGCACGUCUGCGUACAUGACUUGGAGUUCAAGCGCAAGGAGAAGGAGUGGGCAGCCACGGGGUGCUACGAGGUUAGCCUCGACGUGCCUCGUCGCAGGGUCGCGUCUGUGUUCAUGUUUCCUGCAGGAUCGUCGUCUCCUGGGCAUAUGGUGAUGCCACUUUGA